CCGCAUUCGUUGCAGCACUCAGUCGGGAAUUUUACUGUUAUCUGUUUACUGUAUUUUUACACCAACAAGAUCGCUCUUUCUGGUACUACGAAUAGCACAGACCUUGGAAGCCUAAAAGGCUGGUUUUGGAGCUGAAAUAGGCAUAUUUCUGACAUCAACAUGACCAGCCUGGCAGACAAGUUACAGGACCUGGAGUUGUGCCUCAAGAGCCAGCAUGAACAAGAAGUCAGUUAUGGGCGGGCACUGAGAGAGGCUAUUGUUCGCAUGGACCUCUUAAUUGAGGUAGAAGUCUUGAAAAGUCUUGGAGACCUGCGUCUUCAGAAAGGCAAGCUCGGUAAAGAUUCGGCAGAGUUUGACAAGGCUGCUGCCCUGUAUGCUGUUGCCCUACUACAGUGCAAAGAUCCAGACACGGGACAAACACUGGAACAUCGUAUCGGCUACAUGGAGAAACUCUCCAGACAACUGCUGCAGGGGUACACUCCACACUUUCGGUGGUUGUUGCCAGACUACUGGGGUACUGCUGACAGUAAUGUCUUAAGGGUCGCAGAAACUUGUGAAAAAUUAGACAGAAGUACAAAAUACUCUCAGCAUUCUGUUGAAGAGACUUACACAGAAACAUUAGUGACUGCAAUAGAAACUAGCGACAUGUUCUUAGAGGUUGAGGUUUUGAAAUCUCUUGGAGAUUUCUAUCUUGAGAAAGGCAAGGAAACUGGUGUAUCCCAGUUCACCAAGGCAGCUGCCAUGUACAAGAAAGCUCUGACACGAUGUGAGGAUCCUGAGACAAAGCAGACUCUGAAACAUCGCAUACGUUAUGCGGAGAAGAUCAGGGAAAGAGCGAAAAUGCGCUCAACAUCAGAUGAAUCCAGACCGAGAGAAAGAAGACCAACUGUGGGACACCAGUUUGGAAACAUCACAACACCUGAUGUUACUCAGGACCGAAAACUCCAUCCAGAAGUACCAAGUACAUAUGAAGACUAUCUGCAGAAGGGAAACAAAGACCUACAGACAGGGGACCUGGACAAAGCAGAGGAACACUUUGCAGCUGCGCUCAAGUCUGUUCAUGUCAAAGGUGAACACAGAGAAGAGGCAGAGCCCCUGUACAGGUUGAGUGAAGUCUACAUGAAGAGAGGAAUCCAGUCAAAAGAUGGAGGAGAUUUCACCAAGGCUGCAGCACUCUGUAAUGCAGCACUGGUAAGAUCGAAAAGAGAAGACAUAGAGGAAGCAAUCCAGGACAUAACCCAAUCAUUUGUAAAGCAUGUGCUGAAUACUGAACAAAUGGUAGAGAUCGAUAACACAAAGAAACAAAAGUUAAUGUUAAAGAAGGACAGAGAUUAUGCUGAAGGAGAAAUCAAAAUGAUUGAUGAGAACAUAGAUCCUUAUAGCCUUGAUGAUGACGACCCUGAGUUAAGUGAAAUGGAGAAGAAGAGAGUAGAAGCAAUCAAAACAUUGUUUCAGUCUAUUGUUGACCAACGAAAAACGUUCAUAGCCAGGCUUGUAGAUGAAUGUAUAGAGGUAAUGGGCCCCCCUCCCUGUAAGUACGCCAUGAUAGGUUUGGGUUCACAAGCCACAGGGUUGGUGACUCCGUACUCUGAUCUGGAAUUUGCCAUUUUGAUAGACGAGGAAACAGAACAUAAUGCUAAGUAUUUCCGCAACCUCACUCAUUAUCUGCACCUCAAAGUGAUCAAUCUGGGAGAAACCAUUCUCCCAGCCAUGGGGAUUAAAACUCUAAAUGAUUUCUACUCAGAUAACCCACUUGACAGCUGGUACUAUGACUCUGUAACACCACGAGGGUUUUCGUUCGAUGGAGCCAUGCCACAUGCAUGCAAGACUCCAUUGGGCAGGGGUAGAACUAGUAACAGUACAGGAAGCAGCGAACUUAUCCACACACCAUGCAAUAUGACCAAUGUACUAAAGGACGACCUAAAAUUGCAUUUAAAGAAAGGCUAUCAUCUUGGUAGCAUCCUGGGAAAUGUGUCGUUGGUCGCAGGAGAACAGGGCUUGGUGGAUGAGUACAUGUCUCUAUGUACUAAGCAACGUCGGGAAAAUGACGGUAAGGUUCUUUUAGCUAUGGCAAAAACAGAUCUGACAGAGAAUGCCCCAAUGUUUCAAAUCCAAGAUCUAACCGCCAGUCUGUUGAAUGUAAAGAAAGAAAUGUAUAGGUUUUCAAGCCUUGUGGUCUCCAUCUGGGCGCUACUUCAUAACAUACAAAUGACCACAAUCUGGGAUACCAUUCAGGAACUACGCAAUCGCGGAUUCGUCAAUGAUGAGAACGCGCAUCACUUGAUGGUGAUGGUCAGCAUCUCAGCAGAACUGAGGCUGCGCACAUACAUGAACAAUCAUGGCCAAGUGGAAAACAUGUCAGCCUUAUCAUCAAUGACCACAGAUACUGACAUGGGGGAGAAAUUGAAGAAAGUGUUUUACUUCUCAAAUAGAAAGCAACUUAUGAGAUACUAUUACACGGCAAGGCCGCUAAAGCACUUUAUUUCACACCUGUCCGAAAAGAAGCCAAAGGAAGGAUCGCCAACUUUCUUUGACAAUUCUUCAGAACUAAAAGCAGAAGUGUACGAAAGUUUGUGUGAUUACAAAAGUUCUAGGAGGUGUCAAGAAGCAAUCUAUAGGACUAAUCUAUCAAAAUAUGGCGAAGACACAGCACAUUUUGACAUUGCGCAAUCACUUGCUAACCUGGGUAACUCCUGGAUGAAACUUGCUGAUUACAGCAAGGCUGUCGGUUAUCAUGAACAGUCACUACAGAUGUUCCGGGAUAUCCAUGGUGAGAAUACUGUACAUUAUCACAUUGCUUCCUCACUUGAUAGCUUGGGUAGAGCGUGGGGUGACCUUGGUGAUUACAAGAAGGCCGUCAGCUAUCAUAAAGAGUCACUACAAAUGAUGCGGAGUAUCUAUAGUGUGAACACCGCAAAUCAGGACAUGGCGAACUCACUGAACAACAUGGGUACCGCCUGGAUCAACCUUGGUGACUACAAAAAUGCACUUAGCUGUUUUGAACAGUCAUUGCAGACGGAGCGCAGGAUCUAUGGUGAGAACAUUUCUCACCCUGGCAUUGCCUCCAUACUUAAUAAUUUGGGUAUCGCCUGGAAAGGCCUUGGCGUUCAGAAAAAAGCAAUUAGUUAUUAUGAGGAGUCCCUCCGGAUGAAGCGGAGUAUCUAUGGUGAGAAUACUGCAUACCCGGAUAUUCUCACCUCACUACACAACUUGGGCGCCGCCUGGAGCAGUCUUGACGAUCACAGAAAAGCAAUCAAUUACUAUGAACAGUCACUACAGAUGGCGCGGAUUAUCUAUGGCGAGGAAAAUGCGCAUCCUUGUAUAGCAACCUCACUGAACAGCUUGGGGAUCGCCUGGUGUCACCUUUCUCAUUACAGGAAUGCCAUCAGCUAUCAUGAACAGUCUCUACAGAUGUUGAGGAGUAUCUAUGGUGAAGACACUGCACAUCCUGACAUUGCCGAAUCACUUAACAACUUGGGUGCCAACUGGGGAUACUUAGGUGAUCAGAGAAAGGCAGUCAGCUAUUAUGAACAGUCGCUACAGAUGAUGCGGAUUAUCUAUGGUGAGGACACUGCACGUUCUGACAUCGCCUUUUUACUUAACAACUUGGGUAAUGCCUGGAGUAACCUGGGUGAUUCCAGAAAGGCAAUGAGCUAUUACGAACAGUCACUACAGAUGAGGCGUAGUAUCCAUGGUGAUGACACUGCACAUCCUGACAUUGCCGACUCACUUAAUAGCUUGGGUAUAGCGUGGGGUCGCCUUGGUGAUCAUAGAAAGGCUGUUAACUAUUAUGAACAGUCACUAAAGAUGAAGCAGACUAUCUACGGCGAGGACACCGCACAUCCAGACAUUGCUAGCACACUUAACAACUUGGGUAGCGCCUUGAGAUACCUCGGUGAUUACAGAAAGGCCAUGAACAAUUUUGAAAAGUCAUUACAAAUGGGGAGAAUUAUUCAUGGCGAGGACACUGCACAUUCCUACAUUGCAGACUUACUUGGUAACUUGGGCGUUGUCUGGAGUGACCUUGGUGAUCACAGAAAGGCAAUUAACUACUAUGAACAGUCGCUAAAGAUGAGACAGAGUAUCUAUGGUGAGGACACUGUGCACCCUGAUAUCGCUGACUCACUUAGCAACAUAGGCAGUACGUGGAGUGACCUUGGUGACUAUGGAAAGGCCGUUAACUAUUAUGAACAGUCACUACAGAUGAUGCAGAAUAUAUACGGCGAGGACACUGCGCAUCCUGACAUUGCGGAUUCACUUCACAACUUAGGUACUGCUUGGGGAUUCCUUGGUUAUCACAGAAAGGCCAUUAAAUACUAUGAAAAGUCGCUACAGAUGAGGUGGAUUAUGCAUGGCGAGAACAUGGCUCAUCCUCAUAUUGCAAACGCACUUAACAACUUGGGUAACGCCUGGAGUGACCUUGGUGAUCACAGAAAGGCCAUCAGCUACUAUGAACAGUCACUACAGAUGAGGAGUAGCCUCCUUGGUGAGGACACUGCCCACCCUGACAUUGUCGACUUAUUUCACAAUCUUUGUAUUGCAUGGAGAGGCCUGGGUGAUAACAAAAAAGCCAUGGUCUACCUUUUUCUCAAGGAAAAAAUGAAACAGAAGCUGGGAUGAGUAAUUAGGACCAAAAUGCCUACCACAUUUGCUCGCUUACUAUUGGGUUACCUCUUGUAGCUUAAGGUUCUUUUUUGCAAAUAGAUGGUUUGACUACAGAUUAGUUACAAUACUGAAAGAAGUCGCAAUAUUGUCUUUAGACAACAUCACUUUAUUCACACAGCCUUCUAAAAUGGAAUAGAUAUGAAAUUACAUGUUAUAUUGCAUUGAAAAUACUAAUUUUUAAAACUUUUUUACUAAGAAUUUGAUACAAUCCAUGUUUUGACAAUAAGUUCAACAAAACAUUUGUACUUUGUAAAAUUCAUUCCCACAAUACAGGUAUAUCAUUAAUAGUAAAGACCACUGACAUUUUGUUAGGAAGAAACAAAAUCUAUUGUGCUAGUAUUUGCUACUCAAUUGUUAAUAUUUUUUACUUGUAAAUAUUAGUCACUGACUUGUAAAGACUGGUUACCCACUUGUAAAUAUCAUAGAUUACUCCACAAAUAAGAGUAUUGCUACUAUUAACAAGCUGUUAGUGUAUAUAAAGUAGGGGUCUCCGGCCCAAUGGCAAGGGUAACAAACAGCUUCCUGUACAUAAUAUUGUUCAACAAUAUAACAUUUUAAUGUGCAAUAUUUUGAAUCAUUCACAUUCACUUUCUCACUAUUUCAUCUUAAGAGUAACCAGCAUUUACAUUUGAGGUUAUCGGCCCAAGAACAGCACUUUUAAAUGUACUUACUGUAUAAAAGUUAAAAUAUAUUGGACAUAAAACAUU